UUUUGGGGGGGGGGUGGGCAUCUCCUUUCUGUCAGGUCUAGUUCUGUGUGCGGCGGCACCGUUGCCAUGGUCAAGAAGACUGAAACAAGUGUUGAUACCUCGGCGUCAUAACGUUACAUCGUCAUCUGAUAAACAAGACGACAUUAAAGCUACAGAUGUGUGAGGGACCUUCAUCAAUAUCUGGGCCAAUCCCCCCGGAUCCUUCUCUGUUUCCUCAGUACUACAAACGACCUGCUUCAGCUCGUGGCCGUUUAGAGGGAAACCACGAUGGGACUUUGGCCCUGCUUUCGGGGCCACUCGCUCCAGAUCCUGUGUUGUACCCUGGCUGCUACAGUGCUCGUACCCCGUCACAUCCUCCCCGUAUUGGCCCUAAUGCCACCCAUAUUCUGGAACGAGGACAAAGAGGGGUAGUGGGGGAACUACUCAAACUAGAUGGUGUCUCUAUCACCCCUGUUCCCAAACAGAAGCAGCGGGUACAUGACUUUGGUAAAGAGAAUGUGCGUCGGCUCAGGGAGAUCCAGAGACGCUGCAAAGAGCAGGAGGCUGAGAGAGCACAGUCUCGUCCGGUUCCAGUCAAAGCUCUUUGGACCUCCUCCAAAUACCUGAGUGUCCCAUCCAGGGUGAUGGUCCAGCUACAGGUUUCCAGUCCUACUACUAAACCACAGUGUCAAAACUUUCUGAAGGCCCACUCUAAUGGUGGAUCUACUGUACUGCCAAGACCCCGCUCCAAAACCUCUCCUGUAGCGUUGCAACAACCGGCCUCUUGCAAUUCUACACCGGACCAGAACUUGCAAGUGCAAGGCCAGACCAUAGACUUCAUCAAACAUAAUGCACUGGCUGCACGAAAAACUGUGCUGCGUCGGUCCCAGUCACUGACAAACCUCAGAGAUAAACCUGUCCCCAGUGCAGUCAAGGGACAGGUGCCUCAGUAUCUUGAGCAAAGGAAGGAGCAGUGGCAGAAAGAGGAGGAGGAGAGGAGGAGGAACGCACCUGACCCUACAGUCCCAGCUGGUCACACACUGAUGCCUGAGAGUGAGAGAGAGGAGACACUGAAGUCCCUCAAAGAGACCUAUCGCUCCCUGGUGACUGAGCUGCUGUCGCUGCCUCUCAAAGCUGACAGUCUAAGUGUUCGCUCACGUCGGGCUCAUCUUGAUUGUAGGCUUUCCGAAGUUGAGGAGGCCAUUAAAAUAUUCUCCAGGGACAAAGUGUAUGUAAAAAUAGAUUCCUAACAGACAAGGAGGAUGAAGAGAAGGAAGAGGAGGGGAUGAUCCUGUAAAUACACAUUUUCACUUUGUAGUUUUAUUGUGUAACAUGACACUGAAAUUAUUUUUGUAAAUUGAAAAUUAUAAACUAUAAACUGAGUGAUUAUUACAUAAGGACAACCAUUGAGGUUAUUUAUUAGCAGUUACUUAAAGAACAAUAUACAUGCUGCUGAAUAAAAUUCAGUUUUCUCUUGGACGGAAAAACAUGCAGUACAAGUAUCAUUAGCGCCUAAUUUGUUGAGAUGAUCUGCUAGAAUAGUUUCUACCUUGGCAGCAACUAAUGUGGAAUCGGAAUAAACGAAUUUGUUUUGUCUUUGUGUAAAA